AUGCAAUCCCCCGACGAGGACUUCUUUGAUUGCUACCGCUUCUUUGAUCUGGACCAUAACCUCUCGCUUCCCGCCCUCGAUGCAUCCGGCCCCCUUCGACCACCCAGCCAGCCCCCAGAAGUCACUAGACAGAGGCCGCGGAACCCGCGCUCGUGCGAUUUCUGUCGUCACCGGAAAACGGCCUGCAUCGUCCGCUCAGCUCCUCCCUGUACAACAUGCAGCUCGAGGGGAAAGGAGUGCGUCUUCACCGAGCGUCGGCGGAAGAGAAGGCAAACCCAGGUGAGCGAUACGGAAUUGGACCCCCAACUACACUGUCCGUCACUGUCGCAGGCUGAUCAAACCCGGGCUCUCUCGCGCGCCGCCCCGGGGCAUUCGCAAUCCACUGCGUCUCCCCUGCUGGGAACCGUACCUCACCUUGAUAAUCACCGGUUGAUAUCAGAGCCGGCGGCCGAAGAUGCUGAAUCUCGUAACCACACCCACCUGCUCAGGGACUGUCCGAGGCGGGAUGCUGAGCACGACGAUCCCGAUGAAUCGCUGGAUCGACAACCGACUGCGACGGUCUUUCUCCUGGGGGACACAGGUGAGGCCGAUCCAUAUCUUCUGCGGCACCCCUCGCUGGCUGCGCAUGCGGGGAACAUUGCAUUCCGUCAAAUCCACCGAGAUAUAAGCACCGCAGAUGUUUCGGGCGAACAGGCACUCGAUAUAAAUCGCCCAAUUGUCUUCAUGGUAGGCCAACACAGCCUGUAUGAUCAGUAUGUACCUCGGCUAGAUGGUACCGUGCUUGAUAAAGUGCGUGAGAGCCUUGAUCAAAUAAGCGACGAUGUCGGGAUGCGGUUAGUGUUACUGUACUUCAAGCACAUAUACCCAUACUUCCCAGUGUUGUCUCGCUCUCAGAUGGUUUCACCAGCUGGCGAACUUACAACAGGUGUGUCAUCUUUACCGCUCGCUCUAAGGGCAGCUCUGUACGCCUCUGCGGUGCCCUUUAUGAUUUACGAUGAUUUUCUGUCUACAAUGUUGGAUGUUGAUCCGCUGUCAACGCAAGGCCUGUACCGCAUGGCAUGGACGGCAAUCACCAUGCUUGCUCCUCUUGCAAAGGGACAACGCGGAUCAGUUUGUCCAAUGGCCCCCAUUCCAACUAAACCUGGUAGCGUGAACAGUGUCACUGGCACAAUCGCUCGGGGCAUCCGCCCCUGGGAGAAAAGGCUAAGGCGCCGCUUGUGGUGGGCCACAUAUGUCUUGGAUAAAUGGACGCUUUUGACGUCGGGAAUAGCCAGCCAUAUUAAGGAUGAAGACUUUGACGGGCUCACAUUAACGGCCGCCGAUUUUGUCUCGGACGCAGGGGAAAUUUCGAGUGUGCAGAGCCCUCGAUCCGGUGACGCUGGGUCCGCCUUUGGUCAUUUCUCCCACCUCGUCUGGCUCACAACAAUCCUCUCUGACAUAUGGUAUGCGGUGUUAAUUUGAAGUACCACUCCAUAUGUUGAACCCACCAGAAAUAAAAA